AUGAAGGAAAUCCCCCGACUUCGACCCUCCCAUCCAAUGUCAAGUUUUUGAGCUGAUUUAAUUAGUUAAUUAUCUGACACAGCAGUGAGGUGAGGCUGCAUGCUGCUGAUACUUUGCUGUAUAGAACUAAGCAACCAUGGAGGUUGCGGCAACGUUGUUCACCGUGAAAGAAAAAGAAUGCUUUCGAAGAUUUCUCUCGAAAGAAUUUAACAUGAGUGAGCUUCUGUCAUUGGUAGAAACCAUUACCAAUCGAAAGAUUACCGUUCAAAAUAAAAAUGAGGCCAUCAGAGCAAUCAUUGCUCACUCACAAAAUGCUCUUGAGCUUCUGCGCAGAAGAAAGGUCAAAAGAGAGUACAUCUUCCGGUUUUUAUUAUCAGAGAAAGUAGCCGUGUCAUUAACUUCUGACAAAGCAGCACUCAUGAGGCAGUUUUUCUGGCAUUGUGGAACGGAAGCACCUGCAUUUGACGAAGCUGAAGAGGUUGCUAGAGAACCUCGCCGUAAUGUACCACCAGCAGCUUCAAGCGUCAGUUACACGUUUGUUCAACAGCACAUUCAUGUAUCAGGCUCAACCGCACAGGUUCCAAGUAUCACACAAGAACUCGCUCAACAAUUUACAACAUGGUUCUACCGUCAGUUGAACUCCAGUGCUCAAGGGAGCAUGCCACCCUCUGAAUGGGGACCUCAACACUUCUGGGAGGGCUCCAGACUUCGGCUCAUCGUCACCUCAUCAGAAAGACGAACAGAAGUCCUCGAAGGGGCUGAACUAGUUGCAAACCGCUUGAAAAGUUUUGUGAGUGAUGAAGGGCUGAUGUUCAAUCCUAACAUCAGCCCAAGUGGUACCAGUGGAUCGGACGACCCCCAUGGGCUGGUCGUCGUGAGGGUUUGUGGGACUAUUCAUCGACAUGAUACGUGUCUCGGAGUAUUUGAACAACAGUUUGGGCUCAUCAGAGAUCCUUUGAAACAGAACACAUGGAAAAUUAAAUUCACUGAUAUGAACUUGAAAAAGUGUGCCGUUGAGAGAAUGCCAACAUUAACGGGGCCACCUGAUAGGUUAGCAAUCCAGUCGUGAUCUGAAUUGCAAAUGAAUUCAACAGUUUUAUUGAAAUGCAUGUGAUAUUUGGUUUUACCCUACACCGUCGCUCAAUAGUAGGAAUGAAUUUCACAUGCACCUUAGUUUGAAUUCCUACUUAGCAACCAUCUACAUUGGUAAGCAGUGUCAAAUAAUAAAUGUAUAUUAUAACUCCACUUGCAAGGAUUCUUGCUUUUGAUUGGUUUAGAGCCUGCCACAUGAUAUAUCUCAGUUUUACUAGAAAGCCAUGCUAUAACCCUUUUUGAGAUAAUGACUGACACAAUGCUACAACACUAUAAGGUUUGGGUAAAUUUGUGUGUACACACCCAAACCAAACAGUACACUCCUAUCAAGUCCGCCAUACCUCAAAAAGGCUUAUAGCAAUGUGCUUCACAUGCACUAAACACUUUACUAUACCCAUAGCAACAGCGAACUAUAUCCAUAGCAACAGCAACUACCUGGUAUCUAGAAAGAAUUUUAUUUUUAUGAGUACAAUAUGAGGUAAUCCUGGGGCAUUCUUUUUUUUCCUCGUCUUUGCCUCUGGGAAAAUAGAAUGCACUGAGGAUCAUCUUGGGAGUUGUGGUUUAACCAUAGCCUUUGAACCAACCAAUAGUUGUAAUGUAUUUUGUUAUUCAAAGAAUAGGGAUAAUUUGUUGGUUGCCAUAAGUACUUUGAAGAUUUGUUUUCUUAAAAUGAAAUCAGUCAAAGGCUGUUUUCCUUCUUGACGUUCUACAAUAUAAUUAGCCAAAUCAGCUAAGCAUAAACUUACACUAUGUAAAUCAGAGCUCAUAUUAAUUGGAUGCAGCAU